GAGCCGCACAGGACUGUUUUUUUUUCUGAAAACCUAAGCCGCAGAAGUGAAAAUAUAGACUAUGCUGACACGCAUGGCUGACCGUGAGUUUUUAGGAGCUUCAUAUAGACGUAGACAUGACUCUUAGCAGUCAAACCACAACUUCUUGGGCUACCUUAGCUACUUAAAGGGAACCUGAUGCUGAUUUUUGCUCCUAAAAUAAAUUACUCUGACUUUAUGUGGACGAAAGUUUUUCCGUAGGAACUUCAUGUGCCUGUUAAAAUGCCUUUCCUCCCAGCCUUAGCCGUGUUUUUCUUCUUUACAUACGGCCUGUCUGAAGCUGCGCGCCCGGAAAAAUGCGGCUCCCGGUGCGACGUGAGCUCCUGUCCGAGCCCCAGCUGUCCCGGCGGAUACGUCCCGGACAAGUGCGGCUGCUGCCUGGUGUGUUCGCCGCGGGAGGGGGACCCUUGCGGCCGCAAGAACGACCUGCCGUGCGGGGACGGCCUAGAGUGCAAGACGCUCUCUGCUUCCGAUGCGGGGAAGCGGCGGGGCUCGUCCAGAGGGGUUUGCCGGUGUAAGCAGGACCUCGAAGUGUGCGGCAGCGACGGGAAGACGUACGGAAACGUUUGCAAGCUGAAAGCUGUCAGUAGGAGAGCCGUGCAGAAAGGGAGAGCAGCAGUGAGUCAAGCGCACAAAGGACCGUGUUCGACUCCGGACCUAGGUCGUUCUCUCACCCGUCCCAGCAGCCCUCGAUCCAAGUUCAACUUCAUCGCCGAUGUCGUGGAGAAAAUAGCUCCUGCUGUCGUCCACAUCGAACUGUUUGUCAGACAUCCUCUGUUUGGUCGCCACGUGCGUCUGUCCAGCGGGUCCGGUUUCAUUGUGACUCACUCGGGUGUGAUUGUGACCAACGCUCAUGUGGUGACCACCACCGGCACGGUGACCGGGAGGCCGCAGCUGCGGGUCCAGCUCCACGAUGGAGACGCGUACGAGGCUGCGGUCAGGGAUGUAGACAGGAAGGCGGACAUAGCGACCAUCAAGAUCAAUCCACAGAAGAAGCUUCAUGUGCUGUCUUUGGGCAGUUCGGCUGAUCUGAGACCAGGGGAGUUUGUGGUUGCCAUCGGCAGCCCCUUCGCCCUGCAGAACACGGUGACAACAGGCAUCGUCAGCACGGCUCAGAGAGACGGCAAAGAGCUGGGCAUCAAGGACUCAGACAUGGACUACAUCCAGACUGACGCCAUUAUCAACUAUGGCAACUCUGGAGGACCUCUUGUGAACUUGGAUGGCGAGGUCAUAGGCAUUAAUACUCUGAAAGUGACUGCAGGGAUCUCCUUCGCCAUCCCCUCAGACAGGAUCAGUCGCUUCCUCACAGAGUCACAGACCAAAUAUAGCAAAGAGAAGAUCCGACUGCAGAGACGACGAAUGGAGGAGCCUCAAUCUGACACAGAAACAAAGAAGUACUUCUUAGGCAUCAGGAUGAUAACGAUCACCAAAGUUUUAAUGGCGGAGCUGAAACUUCAAGAUCCGGACUUCCCUGAAGUCAGCAGUGGCGUUUUAGUGCAGCAGGUCGUCGCUAAAGGUCCUGCUGAGAGUGGAGGCAUUCGGGCAGGUGACGUUAUAGUGAAGCUGGACGGCCACCCGGUGCUCACCACUGACGACAUCCACCAGGCUCUGCAGAGCGACCUGCCUCUCCUGCUUGAGAUUCGCAGAGGAAACAACGACUUACUGUUCAGCGUGCGCCCUCAGCUGCUGGGGCAUUGAAAAAUGGGACGGGACUUUAUUUUUCAGUUAGAGCAGUCCUGUGAGAAGAGCGAAGAUUUCAAUCGAUGUGCAGUAUUUUCAGGAAAUGCUGCAAGCGAGCCACUUUUCCAGAUGCAUUGAUGCCUACUGUGUUUGAUUUUUACUUUCAAAAUGUUUGCUUUGAUUUAUAUGCAGUGUCGUGUAAAAGUGUUCAUACUCUUUGGACUUUCUCAUAUUUUGUCAUGUUACAGCAACAGAUUUUAAUUUAUUGUUGUUCAGUCUCACAUCUUUUGCAACCAUAACCCAAUUUUAUACCAACAUCGCCUUUAUUUAAGAUAUUUUCUCACCAGGUUUCCUGUCCCUGCUCAAGAAUAGUCGUCCCAAAGCAUAAUCUUGCCACCAUCUUGCUUCAGGAUGGUAAUGUCUCACUCAGUGCAACUUUACUUUUCUUCUGCGCACAGUAUUAUUUUCUUGUUAACCAAAAAGUUUCAGGCUUGUAACAAACUGCAGUCGGGACUUUUAUGGCUUUCUUUCAACAAUGCUAUAUAUGUGUGUGUGUGUGUGUAGGUGUGUGCGUGCGUGUGCGUGUGUGUGUGUGUGUGUGUGUGUGCCGGACACCAGCUGCAUACUCGGUUCCACUGUUUAUGUCUUCUCAGUCCUCCUUCUUCCUCCCUGGUUUGGAAAGGCACGCUGUUAAUUUAAACAAAUCUUAGCCACCAUAUUGUAAAAACAGUACUUAUACACAUAAAAGGAAAAGUCCUGGCAAAGUCAUUUUUAUUAUGUCAUGUGGAGGAAAUGAUCUGGCAGUACAUCUUAAGUCCUUAAACCCACAGAAGCUGAAAUUGUAUCAGGGUUGUUUCCUUUGGAAUAUUAAAGAAAUCAAACUUAUUCAUCUUGAUAUACCCAGUAAAAUCUGGUUUAAAAUACAACCGAAUACAUGUUCAUAGAUGGUAACGGAUUUUCUCCACAUUAAGCUGAAUGAGAUUGCGAUCUUACUCAAAGUGUACUGGCACAUGUGCAGUUCAUUGAAGGAAAGAUAAUCUUUCUGGCCCAUUUGAACAAAACUGGGUCACAUUAGUGGUGGCUGUAGCUAUGCCAGCAAAAGGAGAAAGAAAAAGAAAAGGUAACUUGUUGCUACUCCGUACAUACAGUCCUUGGACACCAUAUGUGUGGGUGAGUUUGUGUCGAGGGGGAAAAAAAGAGCUAUCCUACAUUCUUGGGUUAGGGAGUGGACGCAGCUCUUUAUCCAUAUAAAGACAAAACUGUCCAUUCAAGCCGUGUCCCUGAGCUCACAUUAUAUAUAUAACACACUCACUUAACUGCAGCGAAGUACCAGUGUCCAUGAUAAAAAAAAAAUUUAAAAAAAAUUACAGGUAUGUGUUCUGUUUAUACCGUGGAUGAAGCCAGACUUUGCCAAAAGAUAAACAUUUAACGUAGUGCCAUCUACAGGCCACGUGCGAAACAAAUGUGUUUUUUAGCUGCUUGUUUUUUCAAAUUGGCCACUAGAUGGCGCGUUGGGAAUAAAGAUGAGCUCCUGACGUGGCAAUUUUUCCAUUCAGACUCUGGGCACAAAAUGCUCAGAUUCAAUAGAAGCAACAAUUGAUCAGAUGUUGGACUGGACAGCAUCAGCAGUUGAAGUAAAAUAUAGUCCGUGAGAGGGUCUAAAUGCUCUGAUUAAUAGAAAAGAAACUUAAAUAGUGAGGGAACAAUAUUUAUGCCCCUCACAGAUUUAGGUUUAUGGUCAUCUUUUUAUUUUGACAAGUUUAUUCUAACGAGAAGCAGUAUUAAUGUUGCUAGUUCACUCUAACAAACCUCUGAAGCCUUCGCAUAACAGCUGCAUUAGUACUCAGAUUAAAUUACACCCGGGCGGAUGCCUUGUCAUGAAUAUAUGACUUCUGGCUGCACUUUUGAUGGUUGUUUUGUUUAUUUUUUUAGGAAGAUUUUAACCACCAUUCAUUCAUUCAUUUCUUUCUACUUAUUAAUUUACAUGACAACUCUUAGUCAUGGACUUCAUAAAUCUGGGUUUAUGGAGGAGAGGCGACAAGAGAGUACGCAUUCAUAAAGUUUACUAGUUCAGUUUUAGUUAACAGGGACGAUGUGCAAAAAAACAUUAAUAAAAGAUGCUUUACACCAGAU